GCAUUCAGCUUUAAAGUACUCUGGGUCUCAGAUGUCUGGUUAUCAUUCUCUCCAUCGGUAAAGGAGUCUGUCUACUCGGCUCAGGCCCUUUUGAGCACUCUUUCUGCUUUCCCGGGUGUCCCCAAGCAUCAAGGGCGGAGAGGAAUUAGAAAGGAAAGGAAAACCCUUCCUGGUAUAAUGUGUACUAGGUAGGAUAUAAAUAAGCGCUUUCCUCUCUGGGAAAUAACAUUUUGUCAAGAAAAUAAAUCUGAAGAGGCUGGGACCUGGGGGGCUAGGAGGGAGUGGCCAGGAGGAAGGGAAUCAGUAGAGGUAACCAAGAAAAUUGCCAGGUAGAUGAGCAUGGGCUGAGGAUGAAGCAAUGAAGAGCCAGUAUAAAAGUAAGGAACACUCAGCCCGAGGGGCUUGGCCCAUGUGAACCCCCAAGCACCUCUGCUGAUUUUUACCCAAACCUGAGGUUUGUUUUUUAGGGUGUUAAGUGAAGCCUGGCCAUGGUGGGGAGCAUGAAAAGAACUUUCCUAGUGAAGCCGGAGACACCAGACCAAAAGGAACUAGAAAUAAAUACACACAUUCAUUCACAGUAGGUAAUGGAUGGCAAAGAAUCUGUCCUGAAACUUGGUGCUUAGCAAGUAAACUCCACUGCUGAGAAUUUGGAAUACAAGCCAAGCUUCACACUUUUUUGUUUCAAGUUGAAUAGAAUAAAAUAGGGAUUCAAAACACCUAGGCUGAGAAUUUAAUUUAGAAAUAUCCCAAACUGUUUUGGUGCCCCUUGGGCACCUGGUAAAAGCAAAUACAAAUCCUCUCUGAAAGAGUAAGCUUCAUUUUGAAAGUGAAGUCGUUCAGUCGUGUCCGACUCUUAGCGACCCCAUGGACUGUAGCCUACCAGGCUCCUCUGUCCAUGGGAUUUUCCAGGCAAGAGUACUGGGGUGGCUUGCCAUUUCCUUCUCCAGGGGAUCUUCCUGACCCAAGGAUCGAACCUGUGUCUCACACAUUGUAGGCAGACACUUUGCCAUCAUUUUAGGCCCUAAUAAAUCCCAUAUAUAUAUAUACUAAAAAAUGAAAAAGCAGCUUCACAACCAAAAUUAGCCAAAGACACCAUGACCAAGAACAACAGACAAUGGAAACCAAAGCACACAUUAACAGAUACAGACUUAAAGUGACUAAUACAUUUCCAAACAAAACCUGAAAUAUGUGAAGGGUUAACAGAAUACAAAAAAUGAUCACACAGUUUUGAAGAAAACAAAUAUUUCUAGAGCUUCUAUUUGUUUUCUAUAUAGAGAGGACAGAAUUAAAAGCUUACUGGAUGAGCUUAAUAGUAAAUUGGACCCAACUGAAGAAUUUUCAUGAAUAGCAACCCAGAUUUCAAGGAAUUAUCCAAAAUGCAGAGAGAGGAAUGUAAAAAUGAGUUUAAGAGAUCUGGAAUUGGAAUAAAAUUGUCUGGUAUGCAUCUAACCAUAGUGGCAGGACAAACGGAAAAUGAUGCAGAUGUGAGAUUUAAAUGAUCAAGGCCAAUAAUUUUUUAGAAUUGAUGGAUUACUCAUAAAAUGUAGUGAAAUGAUAUAACAAAAAAGGGUUACUGUGUGACACUGAACUAAACCCUAUACAUUGUUACAAAUUUAAUGCUGAUUUUCUGGGUGGACAUAUAGCAUCAGAUUAAAAACCACUGCUUGAAAUUCUAGCAUGGGAUAGAGGGGAGUGAUUGAUUAUUUACAUGCAUUUUGUAUCUUGUUGUAAUUAACUUAUGUUAAUGUUAAUAUCUAAUGGAUUAUCUUGACUUUCAUACUAUCAGCACAGAAAAAAAUGUUUCAUAUCCCUUCAAUAACAACUUCUUCUUAUCUUUUAUCAAAUUAUUGUGUUAGCUAAAAUCACAAACUAUCCCAUAUUAGACAUGUUAGCAGAUGUCACCAUUUUUUCCUCCUUUUCAUGGAACUAGCUAUGGUAGUUUGUGAUUUAUAAUAAUACAUAUGUAUGUGUGUGAGUAGUCUUUAUUGUAUUGAUGUAAUUUCCUUUUAAUUCUAUUAUGAGUUAUUAGGAGUGAUUUAUGGAUUUUUGGCAUCUGAUGAAAUAUGCUUUUUCUCCUUAAACCUGUUGCAACAAAGUAUACAUAGAUAUUCUAAUGUUAAUCCAUAGUUCUAGGCCAAAUCUUAUUUGGUCAUUUCUUUUCUUUUUUUCCUUUGGCUGUGCUGAGUCUUUCUUGCUGCUCAAAGGCUUUCUCUAGUUGCAGCAAUCGGAGGCUAUUCUUCAUUGUGGCAGGUUGGCUUCUCAUCGCAGUGGCUACUGUUGUUGCAGAGUAUAGGGUCUAGGCUCACGGGCUUCAGUAAUCGUGGCACAUGGGCUUAGUUGCAUUUCAGCAUGUGGGAUCUUCCUGGACCAGGGAUGCAACCCGCCUCUCCCACAGUGGCAAGCGGACUCUUAACCACUGGACCACCAGGAGCAAGUCACUUAAAUCUGGUAUUUAUUCAGAAGGGGAAUUAGGAUCCAUCUUUUGAGGGGUGAGAUAAAGUACAGAGAAGAAAUGAAUGCAAACAGUAACUGAAAAUGAAACUCUGGCCAUAGAAGUUAUGAGUUUCAUCUUCAGAUGCAUGAAGGACCGACAUCCAUUAGGCUAGAGUUGACUCGGAGCAUACAGCCCACAGUAUUUUUAGAGGCUCACGGAUGUAUUUUAUUUUCUUCUAAAAUAAGAAUUAAAAAUGAACUUUUAGGUCGAUGAAAACGUUCUAAUAUAUCAUAAAACUAGAACGAUGAAACCGUUCUGCUAAAGGUGAACCAAUCAGCAAUUGCGAAAGUAGGCCUUCAUUUGCAUAGUGUUGCCUACAAAUUCGGUGGCGAAGACGCCAUUUUAUUUUCUCUCAGGAGAAACUGCGUUCAAAAUGCCGGAACCAGCCAAGUCCGCACCGGCCCCUAAGAAGGGCUCCAAAAAGGCGGUGACCAAGGCGCAGAAGAAGGACGGCAAGAAGCGCAAGCGCAGCCGCAAGGAGAGCUACUCCGUGUACGUGUACAAGGUGCUGAAGCAGGUCCACCCGGACACCGGCAUCUCGUCCAAGGCCAUGGGCAUCAUGAACUCCUUCGUCAACGACAUCUUCGAGCGCAUCGCGGGCGAGGCGUCGCGUCUGGCGCAUUACAACAAGCGCUCGACCAUCACAUCCAGGGAGAUCCAGACGGCCGUGCGCCUGCUGCUGCCCGGGGAGCUGGCCAAACACGCGGUGUCCGAGGGCACCAAGGCCGUCACCAAGUACACCAGCUCCAAGUAGAUAUAUUUGUAGUAACUAUCAAACCCAAAGGCUCUUUUCAGAGCCACCUCAUGUUUUCACUAUCAGAGCUGCGCACGAGUGUGAAUACGAGCCGUUAAAUCAGUGUU